AUGGAGUACGUAGUAAAAGAUUUGGAAGAAAUCAGAAAUACAGUAAGAAACAGGACACAGACAAUCGACAAAAAAAGGAUGGCAAAGGACACCCACAGCAGCAUAGUGAUAAAAAUAGUGGAGGACGCGCUGUCUAAGGUGUACUGCAAGUACAUGCUGGAAAUAGCCAAUUCCAUAGUAUGCAACAAGCCCAUAGAUAAGUCUCUGCACGUAUCUCUCACUAGGACACUGAAGCUCUUCGAAAAAACAAAAGAAGAAAUAAGCAAGACAAUGGGAAAGACGAACAGAGACCCAAUAAAAGCAGAACACAUGCAGUCGGUAAUAGAUAAGUUACAGUACAGUACAACAUAA